AUGGCAGACGCGAAGAAAGCGGUUUGGGGGCCGUUGGUGGGGGCAGUGGACCAAGGUACAAGCUCAACACGUUUCUUUGUUUUCAAUCCCAAAACAGCUGAAGUGCUUACUCAUCAUCAAGUAGAAAUAAAACAGGAGUUCCCAAAAGAAGGAUGGGUAGAGCAAAACCCCAAGGAGAUCCUGCAGUCUGUCUAUGAGUGUAUAGAGAAAACGUGUGAGAAACUUGGACAGCUCAGUAUUGACGUUUCCAACAUAAAAGCUCUUGGUGUCACCAACCAGAGGGAAACUACAGUGGUCUGGGACAAGUCAACUGGAGAACCUCUCUACAAUGCCGUGGUGUGGCUUGAUCUAAGAACCCAGUCUACUGUGGAGAAUCUCAGUAAAAGUAUUUCAGUACAUAAUAACUUUAUCAAGACCAAGACAGGUCUUCCACUUAGCACUUACUUUAGUGCGGUGAAACUUCACUGGCUCCUUGACAAUGUGAGAAAAGUUCAAAAGGCUGUGGAAGAAGGCAGGGCUCUUUUUGGAACUAUUGACUCAUGGCUUAUCUGGAAUAUGACAGGGGGAGUCAACGGAGGUGUCCACUGUACGGAUGUAAGUAACGCCAGCAGGACCAUGAUUUUCAACAUCCAUUCUUUGCAGUGGGAUGGAGAGCUCUGCAAAUUUUUUGGAAUUCCAAUGAGCAUCCUUCCCAGAAUCCGGAGUUCUUCUGAGAUCUAUGGCCUGAUGAAAACUGGGGCCUUGGAAGGUGUGCCAAUAUCUGGGUGUUUGGGGGACCAGUCUGCUGCUUUGGUGGGACAACUGUGCCUCCAGGAUGGACAAGCCAAAAACACGUAUGGAACAGGCUGUUUCUUAUUAUGUAACACAGGACAGAAGUGUGUAUCUUCUGAGCAUGGCCUUCUGACCACAGUGGCUUACAAGCUUGGCAGAGAGGAACCAGUCUGUUACGCACUGGAAGGUUCAGUAGCUAUAGCUGGUGCUAUGGUUCGCUGGCUAAAAGACAAUCUUCAAAUCAUUAAUAAUUCAGAAGAUAUCGAAAAAUUGGCUAAAGAAGUGGGUUCUUCUUAUGGCUGUUACUUUGUUCCAGCAUUUUCAGGAUUAUAUGCACCUUAUUGGGACCCCAGUGCAAGAGGGAUCAUCUGUGGACUUACUCAGUUCACCAAUAAAUUCCAUAUUGCUUUUGCUACAUUAGAAGCUGUCUGCUUCCAAACCCGAGAAAUUUUAGAUGCCAUGAACCGUGACUGUGGAAUUCCACUCAAACAUUUGCAGGUGGAUGGUGCAAUGACCAACAACAAAAUUCUUAUGCAGCUCCAAGCAGACAUUCUGUGCAUUCCAGUGAUAAAACCCUCCAUGCCAGAAACAACCGCACUGGGAGCUGCCAUGGCAGCUGGAGCCGCAGAAGGAGUCAGUGUGUGGAGUCUGGAACCCCAGGACUUAGAAGUUAUGCAGUUGGAGCGAUUUGAACCUCAGAUCAAUGUUGAGGAAAGUGAAAAUCGCUACUCUACAUGGAAAAAGGCUGUAAUGAAGUCAAUGGGUUGGGUUAUGACUCAGUCUCAUGAAAAUGAUGACUCCAAUAUCUUCAAUAGUCUGACUUUGGGCUUUUAUGUAGUGAGUAGCAUGGUACUAUUAAUUGGAGCAAGGUACAUCUAA